UAUUAAAUGAAGUCGCAACUGACAAUAAUCUCAUGGUGUCUGUGUGAGAAUAAUCUAAUGCGAGGCAGAGAUUUACACAGGUUCGCACUUGCCAACUACACAACUUUUCAGCGGCAUUUAUGUUACUGUCUAUAGGGAGGACUAUUGGACUGUGUACUCCCAUUACUUCAGCAGGCCUUAUAUGGGACCUGGGGUGUGGGGGGAUUCUUUAUCAGUCCUUUUGUUCUUUAGGCUAGCUCUAGCUUUCUUCUUCCAGAUCCGGAAGCUAAGUUUGACUGGCGCGAUGCCCUACAAUUGGAAAGGCUCCUGACUCCGGAGGAAAUAAUGAUGCGGGACUCAUUCCGUGCCUAUUGCCAAGAAAAGUUGAUGCCCAGGAUCCUCAUGGCCAAUCGAAAUGAAGUCUUUCACCGGGAAAUUGUGUCAGAGAUGGGAGCCCUUGGUGUCUUGGGCCCAACCAUCAAAGGCUAUGGCUGUGCAGGCACUACUUAUGUUGCAUAUGGACUCCUGGCCAGGGAGAUUGAGAGGGUGGACAGUGGCUAUCGGUCAGUCAUGAGUGUUCAGUCAUCUUUGGUGAUGCAUCCUAUAUAUGCAUAUGGAACAGAAAAGCAGAAGGAGAAAUAUCUGCCAGGUCUGG